AUGCGGUCGUGUGGAGAGUCCAAUUUUCACUUACUAUGGUUUGUUUGUGUCAUUUCGAGUGAUCUUUGCAAUAUGAUGGCAAAAGAUAUUAAAAUUUAUGAUUUAUAUCAUAGUGUUUCAUUUAAUCUAUAUGUAUAGAAACUAAAUAUAAAUAAGUGUCAAGGAUGACUUACCCCCAUGAGUCUAUUAAAGACGCUAAUGCAGAUACUGUUUCACCAUCGGCUCCAUCAGAGAAAGUAGAUUCACAGAUAACACAGGAGAAGUCUCCACAACUACAAAAGCUACCAGUAAAAGAAAAUGAUGAUGAUGAUGAUGAAGUGGAAGAAGAAGAAGAGAGUCAUGAAGUGGUAGUUCUAGUAUAUGACUUAUCUCAUGGACUUGCUGCCCAAUUUGCUCCUCAAAUACUAGGAAUUAAUCUUGAUGCUAUAUAUCAUACCUCAGUCAUGGUAUAUGGUAAGGAAUACUUUAUUAAUCAAGGUAUACAAAUUAAUCCAAAUCCUGGUUUUACUAAAUAUGGAACCCCAAUAGAAGUAAUUGAAAAGGGUAAUACCUUUAUUUCAGAAGAUAUAUUUAAUGAAUUUUUAGAUGAUUUAAGAAAUCACGAUGAUGGUAAAUAUCAUGCCCAUAAAUAUGAUUUAUUUGAUAAUAAUUGUAAUCAUUUCACUGAUGUAUUAUUAGAUUUCUUAGUGGGAUCUAAUCUUGACAAAAGAAUUUUACAUUUACCCCAACAAGUAUUGAAUACACCUAAUGGGCAACUAUUAAGACAACUAAUAGGUAAUGGAAAUGAAUUAAUGUAGACAAUAAUAAUAGAGUCAAUCAUAUAUACAUAGAUAUAUAUAAUAUAAAUUAAUAAUACACAUUAGUUGUCGUAUGUCUAUAAAUUUGACGAUCUGUUAACUCGUAUAAUUGCGUUGUAAAUUUGUAACGUGUGUGGUAGUCGAUCCCUCAAUUUAAGGAGAUCGGGUUAUGACAACCACAUUUAACUUUUUCCAUUUUAUGAUCUGAUUCUCUUCUUUUCUAUCUAAAUUUCUUUGAUUUGAUUAUAUAUUUAUAGAGGUAAUAGACGUAUGAUAGAGAGAUAUGGAUAGUUC